AUGGCAGCGGACAACAACAAAUUGUUAAGCGACGAUGCCGGUAAGCGAAAUAUUUAAAACGAUGAAACUUAUAUAUUAUUAUAUAAUUAUUAUGUACAUGUUUUAUAUUGUUAGUCAAUAAUAUUUCUUAUAAGAUGUGUAAUAAGGAAAAAAAAACACUUAUUUUAUUGGAUUUUUAACGCGUUUACAAAAUACGAAAGCCAUACAAAUACGUAUGUUUUUUUUUUUUUUUUAUACAUAUGUACUCGUAUAUUUAUGGUUUUCUACUUGAUUUACUUUGAACGAUAUAUAACGGAGUGAAGUAAAUUGAUUAAAAAUUAUUAACCUAGAACAUAUUGUAGAUUUACAAUAAUUACCAUAAUUAUGAGGGUUAUGGGUAUGAAAUAUUGAAAAACAAAUUUUUUCGCAUUAAAUAUUUAUUUAUUAAUUCGGUUUUGUUAUGUGGCAUUUUAGAACCCUAAUAAUUAUUGAUUAUUAGUUUAGCCGCUCACCUGAUUUGAACUUUAUUUUAGACAAGUAAUCGCAGAAACCAACAAUUAUUAAUUGUUUAAAUUAAAUUUAUAUAAAGAACGUUGGAACGAUGGCCAAGGAGAAUAAGAACUGAUUCAUAAACAAAAUUGUUUAGUUUUUUUAUUUUUCAAUUUAUAGAUUAAUUCAAAAUAUAAUUAAUUUUGUGUACCUAAUCACCAGCCGCCCGGUGAAAAAAUGUGAUGUAAACAAAUAAUGUGAAUUCAUUUCUGUAAUGGAUUUUUGAAAAAUAUUUAGAACACAUACACAAUGGAGCGUAUUGCCAAGACGAUUUUUUGAAGGCUGUGCCUCGUCCUAAAUUGGUUGUUCGGCUAAGGAUAUAUGAUGCACAUUUAUACCUAUAUUUUAAUAAUUGUCUUAGAUAGUAAACAAAUUAAAAUAUCUUUAUUAUCUACUAUAGUUGUGUGUAUUACAUUUUUGUUAUCUGAAAACAAUUUUUUGUUAAAAAUGUGUUUUUAACGACGGGCACAACAAUGAUGCAACUAUAUUAUUAUUAAUAUUUCAGUUAUCAUUUAUCAGUAUAUACGAUCGUCGUAUACUGUUUGAUGCCUGCGUAUGGUCUAAUUUUAUAAAAGACAUACGCUAUCAGUACCAUAGCUAGAACAAUUUUUCGGGAGGGGGGAUUUUUUUUUAUCUAAUUUUUAUUAAACUAGAAUAAUUAUCACCUAUUAUUUUUUGACUGCCUCAUUACUUUUAUUUAUUAUUUAUACCCUCUUAGUUUUACAACGUAAAGUUAAACAGAAUCUGUAGCCGUGUAGGAAUAUAUAUGAACCAAUAAUUUUAGUAAGGGGACAUGUCCCUAAAAUUUACUUUUAAAGAGUACACAAACAACUGUCUAGGCAAGAUUGAGAAUCAGCUAGGAAACAUUGGCAGCUAUUUUAAAUCGUUGAACAUCUUACCUUUUUGCUUUUAAAACACAGGUAUGGUAAUAAAACAUAUUUUUCUACAAUGAAGAAUCUUAUAUUCUUUUUAGCAAUUCGAAAAUGUAAUGAACUAUUUAGUUAUUUAUUUAAUAUUAAAGUGUGUUAUUUAAGUUGCUUGCAAGUUAGCCGUUCGUAAUUUUAUCCCGAAAUUCCGAAACAAAAUAUUUUGGAAUGCAGAGCUUCAAAAGUUUCAAAUUAUUAAUUUUUGAAUUCAUUAUGAGAAUCUUUUGAGUGUACAGCUGCUUUAUGGGUAGCUUGAUUGGCGGAAUACUUUUUUUUUUUUUUUAUAAUUCACGAAUAUUUUAAAAUCAAAAAGAUUGAAUAAUAUUUUUACAACACAAACUCAGAAAUAUACCGAUUAUACAUUUAAUAUUAAUUGAUUACAAAUUGUUGGCUGUUAAUGAUGAGAUCUGAACCAUAACCUAUAAGUAACUUUAUAAAAAAAUUACGGUGUCACAAUAAUUUAUUAAGAUAUUUAGCCGUUGAUAUUCCCAUUACGGUUUGAUGGACUAGUUCCAUUUUUACAUAAUAUAUGUACCUAUUCAAAGUAAAUAAACAUAAAUCCGGUAAUAACUCCAUUUCGUUAGAAAUUGGACAUGUUCCCUCUCUACAAUUGGUGUUUUAUAACUAUGCGUACGCAAUAUUGUUAAAAAUUAUAUAAAAAAAUAUUUUAGGAAACCAUAUCGCAAUAUUGAAUGUAAACGACGAACGGGAUGGCCACUGCCGCCGUUGUAAUUAAACUAUUAUCAUGGAAACCUAAAGUAAAUAAUAAUUAUUUGUACAGUAUUAUAAAGUUAAACGCUAUACUAUCUGCAGCAGCCCCGACUAGCUGACACGUCAAAUAUCUACUGCACAUAGCGUAUUUCACCCUGGACUUGGAAAUUUGACGUAACGCGUGUAGUAUUACAAUAGUUUCUUGGUGGGCCUUAGGCAAAACACGAGAUGAGAUUUUGCGAUGUUGGCGUCAAAAGGACUAUUAUUCCUACUUUAUUCAUACUGUUAUACAUGCAUAUAGUAAUAUGUGUAUGUUAGCCACCGCAUUUGAAUCGUUGUUACAAUAUUUUUUUAUAUAAUAUAAACACUGCACAUAAAUUGGUUAUUUAUAAAAUAAUUAUAUUAUACACGGUCGUCGGCCCGACCAUGUUGAACAUUAUUUUCGGAUGUAUUUAGAAUACGUUUAUGAAUACUUAUUUAUACAAGUAUUAUUUGAUUAUAAAGUCAUUACGAGUUAAUGAGAAAAAAAAAAUUGCAUUAUAAAAAAAAAAUCUUAAAAGUUGUCCGCAGAAAAAUAAAUGGAAAAUAAACAUCAUUGACCAUAAACUUCUUCGCUCCACUCAGAAUCUAUAAGCAUUUUUAAAGUAUUCAAAAUAUAUCCAUUAAAAAUUAUUUUUAAAAUACCAAACCAGUUUUUAAAUACAAAUAUUCGAAUACUUAACAAGGCUGUAUGCAGUAUAAUAAACGUGAAUUAUUUUAUCAAGAAACAUUUAAUGAGCGUAAUGACUUUUAUUUUAAAUAAAUAAAUUACGAUUAAAAAAUAUUAUAAUAUUUAUCUAUUAUAAAAUCGUUUAUAUUUAAUGCGCAUAUUAAUAUUAUUAUUUACAAAACAAAUUCAUCAAUUCAAUACACAAAACGACUGUUUACACGUUAUUUUUUCUUCUAGAAAUUAUAUUAAUAUUUGUAUUCGACUUUCAAUAAACUAUCGAACGCGUAUAAUCUCUAAUCACAACAUAAUUUAUUAUACUCUGUAAUAAUUAAAUCAAUAUUCAUACGCGGUGUACUUCGUUUUGAAUUUUGACCAAGUCAUAUAUUACAAUAACUAUUAAAACUUUUUUAAAAAAAAAAAAAGAAAAAAGAACACUUAAAUACCUAGUCGUAAACACAGCGUCAUAUUAUUGUUAUUAUUUUUAGAUUACUGUGCACAAUUUUAAUAUUCUUCUACAAAAAACACUAUUAACUAUAACAACAUAUUAUACAGUGUUUGUACACAGUCCGAAUCACAUCGUUGUAAAUUUUAUAAUUGUCCACAUAAUAGUUAAAUGUUUUAAACGAUAAUACUAUACGCGAUGUCUAUGUUAUUUCUUCGUUCUUUUUCUGACUAUUGACAAACCGAUUUAAAAAAAAAAAAUAUUUUCAAAAUUGAAGUGACUAAAUAAAAUUCAAUUUAACGUAAAUUCCUGUUUUCACCCUUGCUUCUAUCACAGCUAGUUAACCGUUAUUGUACUUCCUUGCCGAUGACAACUAAUUAAUUAAUUAAUUUUAAAGUCUGAACGAAGCGAGGAAUGUAUUUGAGCGAAGAAGUUUAUAGUUUUACAAAGAUGUUUAUUUUUAAAAAUUUUUUUUUUUAUAUGUGUGCUACUUUUCUACAAGACUUACUCGGAUUUCUAAGUAAAGCACUUUUCUGAAAGAAAAUUGGUGUGUGGAGGUACUUUAAAGGGAUCAUUUUACAGUUUUCUCAUGAAAUUUGGAAAACCGUAAAAAAAAAAUCGGGAAAAUGUACAAAAUAUAUUACUUAAGUAUUACGAUUUUUUUUUUCUGUGCACAACGUUUCUACCAGCAAUUUUGCUCUAACUUUUAAUGACAGCAAUGUUUCUAAAAGGAAAUUUCAAUAGCGGGGUACUUCAAACAAGUCAUUUUUCGAUUUUCUCAAAAUUUUUCUCAGAAAAUGUGAAUAACUAGAAUAAAACAUGAGAAAACUGGGAAAACGUAGAAAAACUGGAUAUAUCGGUACAACAGUCAACAUAUAUUAUUUAAGAAAAUCCAUAAUGCCUAUUUAAUUAUUUUACCUUAAUAUGACAUAUUUAUUAUUGAUAAAUCAUCAUAAUCAACUGAACUCCGCUCAGAAUAAUAUCAAAUUAUCUAUAACAGCGGCUGAACCCGUUCCCAUUAUCCUAUCGUCUUUUUUUAUUUAAUUUUUUUCCAUCACAUUUUUUCUAUUACAAAUUUUGCUUCGAUUUUCAAGUGCAGUACACUAUUUUAAGGAAGCCAUUUUUUUUUAUUUUUAAUUAGUUUUCAAAAUAAUUAGAAAAACGAGAAAAUGUACGAAAUAUAUUAUUUUCAAAUCGCAAAUAUUACGGCCUUUUAAAGCAUAUAAAACCAAACUUCUUUCAGAAUUGUUUUUCGAUAGCAAUGAUUAAUCAUUGCGAACAUGCAUACGUUGAAUUUUCCAUCUACCUUCCCAACUUCUCACCUACAACAGUGGCCCACCUAUUAUAUGAAGUAUGUCUGUUUGUUUUUUUUUUUUUUAACUUUAUUUUUAAUUCUAUCCGUGUUACCCAAAAAUAACUAGAACUCUAAAAUAAGAAAAUCAAUGUUCGUAUCGAAAACACUUUUCUGAGCAACCCUUAAGGAUUUGAAUUUCGGAAAUCCGGCUUCAAAGUUCCCGUUUUUCCACUUCUGUAUGUGAGUUUUCAAACUUCUUCGUGCAAUAGACACGACUAUGGAUUGUGUACAAUCAGACAAACAAACAAACAAACUAACACUUUUUAUUAAUACUUAUAUAGAGCACGUUUAUGUAAUGGCGUUUUCAUAAUGAAAACGGUAUGAUGGUUUUAAAUUAUUUUAAAGUGUUAACAUGAAGUUAACAAAAAUAAGUUUUAGUUUAAAAACGAUUUCAUUUCAAACGGUUUUAACGCCCUCAUAUGAGAGUCAAUAUUUGAUAAUCAAUUAAAUGAUACGCUUAUGCAAGAGCUUUACCAGUUUAUAAACAUUAUUUUUUAUUUUUAGAAAUAUUAAAUCUUUUACUUCAGUCGGAUUUAUAAUUCCGGUUUCUAUACUGCGUAAAAGAUCUAAGAAAAAAAAAAAAUACAAAAAUAGUUGACUGCUAACAUGUUUAAUUAUUACAUUUUAAAUUAUAGAAUAAUAUACGUAAGCAUUGAAAGGUUUCCAAAAACGUACACAAUACAUUCAUAAAGAUUUUUAUUUGGACUGUUUAAGCCUACUAUAAAUACUAGCUAUAGAUUUCUGUUUGGAUAUUAAUACAUCAUUUGCAAUCAGUGACGUUUCCAGGAAUUUUAAAUAUGAAGUUAUGUUUUGAAUAAUAACCAUGAUUCGUGAAUAAAUUGUAGAAUAUUUUUCUGUUCAAAAAUUCAGUUUUCAAUCAAUAAAUCGAGCUUAUAGAUUCUGGAUGGAUUAUUAAUAUAAUGUAUUAUUUUCAAACCGUAAAUAUUAAGGUCUUUCGAAAUACGUGUAAUCGAACUUCGCUCAGAAUCGUUUUUUCGUUUGCAAUGAUUAAUCGUUAAAUAUCCUCUCUACCUUACCAACUUCUCACCUACAAUAGUGGCCUACCGAUCGUACGAAGCAUUUCAGUUUGAUUUUUUUCUUGUAACUUACACGCAGCAAUAUAAUAUAAUCUAUAUCUAAUAACAAAAUGACUAAUUAGGGAAACGUUCAAAAUCCCGACAGUUGAAAUCGUGACAAAGUUAAAAGUCCAACAGAAAAUAUCCCCUAUAUGACCCCUAAAGUUACACUGGUUAUCAACUUGUAAAAAAAAAAAAAAUUAAUAAAACUCAUAAUCUUAUACAAUAAAAUCAAUACAUUUAAUAACUCGUCUCAUUAUAGUUGUUUACAGUACACAUUUUAAGUAUAAAAUAAAAAAUAUAUAAAUAUUACAAAAAAAAGUGCCUUCAAUAUUGGUACCGACCACGGAAUGUAACAAUAGGUAUUUCGACCAAUUCGGGAUUUUGAACCGAAUCCAUGUUCUAAAUAUAAUCGCACUCAGAUCUAUAAUACAUCUUGUUUUGUUUUAAUAUUAUUUUCAGACCGUGUAAUGUACGCGAGAAACCAACAGUACAAAUACAGCAAGGAACCGGUAACGGGCGGUCAACCGAUAACUGCAGAACAAGCGAAAGUAAAAUAAAUUUAAAUUUAAAAUGCUUAUAAAAAAUGUGUUUAACAAAAAAAAAAAAAAAAAAAAUGUAAUUUUUCGACUGCCAAAAGGUUAAUAAUAUAAGAUUUAAAUCCUGAGGUUAUCUGCGAUUCGGUACAUUAGGUAUUCCAAUGCGAUUUCCUUAAAAUCGUGAUAUAUUUUAUUAUAGUACCUACCUGUUAUUUAUAUUAGGUACAGAUACUUUUUACAGAAAGGGAUUCGUUUUGGGAUUAAUUUUUAUUCGCGUAUAAUAUUCAAACCGUUUAAUCGCGGGUUUUAACCGUUUCGGUUAUUUUGUUAGAUGGUAUACUUUUAAUGAUAUUCACAUAUAUAUAUUUACAUAUAUAUAUAUAUUAAACCCGAUUGCUAUCUCUGAUUACGCUCUCCGUUUUCGAUAUUUUAUAGUAUUAAAAAUAUACCUAUAAUUUAUUAAUUUUUAAGUUUUUUAUUAUUAAUUUAUUUUAUGUGUUCUGAUUUCGUUUUAACAGACGUUAAGAUUGAUCGUGUUUGGUGCUUGUGACACGCCACCCAGAGGCGAAUGGCUGCGCACCGGAUUCGUUUUUAGAGACGCCGAAAAAGAACUGUCGUACGGCCUACGAGCGCGCAGAAACGGCACCAGAGGCAUGCUGUCAGCGAUACAAGGAUAUAUCCUCAAACAUUUGCUAUUCACCAGCGCCAAUAACGCGUAAUAUGGUUGAAAAGAUAAUAAUACUAACAUUAUAAUGAUGCAAAUUUGCAAAUAUUGCGUACCUACCGGUCGGUUUAGAACGUUUAAUAAAUUAGGCACCCAAUUUGGAGGGUCGAAAUAUAUUAAUAGUUUUCUUAAAUUUUAGGUUGUUAGACGCUGAAAGAUUAUACAAGUUAAAAAUACGUUAUUUUCUUCAUUGCAAAAACAUUUGCUAAUGACAAUAAACAGUCUUCUGAACUUACUUACUGAACUUAAUCACUUAGUUACCAAUGUUCAUUUUGGUCAUAACCGAUUUAUACAACCACCUUGGAUUUAAAUAUCUUAGUCUUUUUACUUGUGAAGUAAAAAUUUAAAUGCUCUAGUUGGUUUUGUAUUUUCAGUUACUGAACUUGACCAUGAAUUCAUAAGUAAUUCGAGUUUUUUAAAAUUGAGUUUUCGGAUUAGUCUGGUAGAUUUUCGAGGAUUAAAUUUUUAAAAAGAAGUACUGAACUCUUGUAAAUACAUAAUUAAAUCAUAAUUGCUUAUUGAUUUACUGUAGAUGCAUGAAACCGUCCAAACAACAGCAACUGGAUGCUUUGUGCAAAUCGCUAACCGAAAUUUUGUGGAAAAUCGGCGAAAACGAAAAAGUUGUUGUGUGUUUGCCGCAAGAUAAGAGUUACGUGCCGCAUUCAUUAAACUAUUUUCAAGAUAACGUGACCGAAAAAGUAAGGACUUACUAUGUUAUUUAAUUAUAUUCGGUAGGCUUUUGUAGUUAAGCAAUAGUGGACGGAUAAUAGUCUCGUGACGUCUCUAAUCUAGAUUAAUUUUAUGAAAGUUUUAAAUAAUUAGGUUUAAUGAUAGUUAUAUUAAAAUUAUAUUAAUGUUUUUAAAUUUUAUUGAAUUACAGAACAACGACUAUGCUAUUAGGGUAUUUAGAGUUUUUAUUUAAUCUCAAUCAUGUCCAAUCGAAACUUUACGUUUUACUAAAAGCAAAACUCUACCUAUAGUUGUCGAUGCUUGAUUUUCAAAAAAAGGAACAUUUAUAUUUCAAUCAAUAUUUUUAGUUUGUAGCCUGUAGACAGGGACAGAUCCGCUGGGGUCUAAAAGCCCAGGCUCCCCCCAGACAUAUUAUUUCUCCAUUUUUUUUUUUUUUUUUAUAAUUUUAUAGAUCCUGAUAUUACUAUAUUACAAUCACAUAAUUUAAUAUAUGAUAAAAUAAUAAAUUAUAUUAUAUUUUAAUUUUUUUUUGUGUUAUAAAAUAAUAGCUGGACCCCCAGAUUUUCUCUGGAUCCGUACCUGCCUGUAGGUGUAUAGCUGAAAAAAUAUAUUCUAUAUUGAAAUAUGAGUACGCACAGCUAGUCUUAUAACGAUAGUAUUUAAUAUUAAAUGUAGGUAUUUAAUUAAAUUUAUAUUUAACUAUAAUUAAAAAUAAAUAAACAAUUAUAAUGACUAAUGGUAUUUUAUUAAAUAACACAAAAUAUUUCAUUUGAAUACAAUUUUAAUGACCAAUUAUAAUUUCCUCCUUUCCCUAAAUGUAUUUUCAUUUAUUUUGGGGUUAUUUGUUAAAACCACGUUUUCAAAAAGGAAAGGAAAAAUUAAAACCCCCAAAUAAAACUUACCAUCGACUUACUCCUACAAUAAAUUCUGGAUGUCUUAUUAAUAAUAAUUAUAACAAAAAUUAAAAUGAAAACAAAUCUGAGAGAGGGGCAAUAACUAAAAAUCUCUCUCUAGGAUACGCCACCGAUUGAAAUACUUAGCUAUUAUUAUCAAGUAUUAUAAUGCAACUAUGUAUAACACUAUAUACAAUAUACAUAUAUAUUAAAUAAUAUAUACUUUAUAUAUCUUCAAAAUGAAGCUGGUCGUCAGUACGAAUCAUGUCAAACUCGAAUUUGUUGUAUUUUAUUAUUCAUUAAAAACAUGGUAAUAGUAAUUUCAAUAUUAUGGAAUAUUAAUAAAUAAAUAUAUAACUUUGGUUGAUUAUUUAAUAUUUAAAAUAUAUUAUACUUUCAAUCAUAUAUUAAUAUUUCAUAAUUUUCAAGUAACUUUUUGUAGUAUUGGGGGGUGGGAGUUAGAUAAUAUAUACAUGGAAUAUUUAUUUGUCAUUUGGGGAUGUCUUGAAAUCCUCACUAUGAGCAAUAUGACGUGUUUGUAAUAGGUAUAUGAUCGGUUUUAUUGGACCUUUUUGGCCACUUUGUCGAUGAACGAACCGUAUUGAUUGGUAUUUAAAGGUCACACAGUUAUAAACUUUUGAGUUUGAGUGUGGGUGUAUCUACAUACAUUCAGUGAAAGUUGGAAACGAAGACAAAAGGGAUCCCAUAAUUCUUUGGUUUCGAAAUAGUUGUCAUAUGUAUGAGCAAAUUUAAAUAUAUGUAUGGCUUUUUACCAAAACCACUUAUUAUUUCGAACGUAGCUGCACUUACACGAGUUAAAACGACGGAUAUUUUGUUUCACGUAAAACAAAAUACCUAUAUAAAGACAAUAUGUUAAAACGUAAUGACUGGCGAGUUGUCCAAGAGCGUCUGCAGUGCAUAUUCAAAUACUUAUGAAAAUCAUGUUUAAUUAAUUUAUACAGUUGCACUUAUUUGAGCUGACCAACAUAGAAGACCUAGAAAUAUUCUUGAAGAGAUAUUUACAUCUGGUCAGUAUUUUAAUAAUCACUAGUAAUAUCUUCAGGGGAUUGGUGACGGUAUAUACUGUGAUAGACUUAAAAGCUAGACAAAACCGGAGUAAUUAUUAUGCUUGGCGUAUUUCAAUUCUGAAAACGAAUUAUGAUUUUUUAGAUUUUUUAUUAUUAGAGUACCUAUAUUGGAAAUAGAAAUUUUGAAUUUUACUUAAAAUCUUAAACAAAUUUGAUUGUAUUUUUGAAAGAUUUUUAAAAAUGUACUUCAAGUAUUUUGUCUUUUAUUAUUUUAUGAAUUUAUGAUAUUAAAAUUAAAAACGAAAUUUCAACGUAUCCUAGUUUAGUAAUACGUUACCAAAAUUAAAACUCGUUAAAUGCGAUUUUGACAGUAUUAUCUGGCUUUUUAGUUUAAAACGUUAUAUUUGUAAAUGCUUUAUCGUUAUAUUUGUAAAUGCUUUAUCAUUAAAUUUAAACAAAAAUGUCAAAUUUUACGUAGUUGGAGAAAAUACAGAAACCGUCACCAAAUCCCUUUAAAGUGACUCUCAUCAGUCGAUCGUAUAAAUAAUAUCUAUGUUUAGUUUCAAGACGAUCCCGGACCCGGAUCACUGUUGUUGCUGUACAGUUCGGUGCUAACAAGAGGAUUAUCCAAGUAAUUUUUGUUUUUUUUUUUUUUAUUGAUUAUAUUUUUAAAAUGUAGCGGCCAAGUGUUUCCAAGUUUUUUUAGUACCGAAUUGCUGUUAAAAAUAUUCCUAAAAACUGUCAACCUUAUAAAGUGCAUAAUAUAAUGUUAACAUUUUACAAAUAAUUAUCGUCGUUGUAAAAAGUCACUACGUAUUUAUAUUAUUAUAGUACAUUUAAAUUCGGUAUAGGUGCGAAUAUAUAUAUAUAUAUAUAAAAACGAGUUUUUAAUUAUAUUGUGCCAUAAUUGCAAAAAAAAAAAAAAUGAUUUACUUUGAUCAAUUAGGUAUAAUAUAGUCGUUUGAAGUUUUUUUUUUAUUAUGAAAAUUGUUAUUAGAAAUUAUAUUACCUACGCGUUAGCGACAGCUACACGAGCGCUUUUACCUAAUUGUGAUAAUAUUUGACAAACAACUACGUCGGCACCGACCGUCUUACAAUUAUUCGUUAACUUUUUACAAUAUUGCAUAAAACAUGGUUGCAUUAUCCGUGCGUCUUAAAAUAGUUACUUAUAAAAAAAAAUCCGAUGCUGCUGAUGGGUGUGUAACGAUAAAGUUAUAGAUAAAUAUAAAGUUAACGAUAAAUCACUGCUAACGAAAUACGACUUUGAGCGAAGUUUACUUAAACAUGUUUUACAGUGCCAUAAUUUUUACGAUUUUUGUCAACAUUUAAAGUUAAAAAGCAUACAAAAAAACUACAUUAAGUUCAACCUCUCAGAAGACUGAACAAAUAUAGAAAACAAAAUACACUCAAAUCCAUAACUGUUAAUAUUUUAACGGAAUACAAUAUAAAUAUGCAGGAUCUCUAAAUUUCAUGAUAUAAAAUUGUCCAUGAAUUACUUAUUUUUUUAUUAAUAGACUUAUGCAAAAACAUUUUAUUAUCAUAUAUUCUGAACUGUUACAUGGUCCUUAUUUUUACGGGUAAAUCGGUUACAUAAUUUUUGAUUUUAAAAUAGCAACUUAAAUUUAAAAUUCCAUAAAUAAACGCAGUAUAAGUUUACAUAACAGUAAUACAUUUUGGUGUUAACAUUUUUGAUUUUCGUUUACUUUUUUAACCGAGAUAUUCCUCUGUUAUGUUAUGGUAGGGGGAGAGUAGCGGAGCUCUAUUCAAACGUAUCGCCUCAGAUAUUAUGUUCCACUACUUGUCACUCACUAAGUCAUUUUUUUUUUUUAAAAUAAGUAUUUUAUGAACAAUUUGGCUGUAACCCGAAUUUCAAAAGACCCUGUAUAUACGUACGGUAACCCGGAAUACACCAUUUAGGUAUAUAGGGAAUACUUCGUUCCCACUAUGUUAUUUAUUAUUGAAAAUAACCAUUUGGUUUAGAAAUAUCUCAACAAUUAUAAAAAUAGUUUAAAAUUCAUAUUUUAUUACAAAACUUGAAAAAAUUUACAGGAUACUAAAAUUUAAUAAUAAUAAUAAAAAAAUAAUUUUAAUAACAAUGGACAUAGUAAAGUAAUAUCUACUUGAUAUUUUUGUUGUCAAAGAGAUAUUUUUUCCAUACGAUAUUUUCACCGGAGAUUAUAUUUCUGAUUUCGUAUAGGAUAUAUUUUUGUGCUUUACAUUUAUUUUUACUCUCGUGUACAGAGUGUGGUUUAUUUGUUGAAGUACAAUUUGGAUAAUUAAAUACAUUUUUUCCAUUACGUAUUAAACAAAACCGACCAUUAUAUUAAAAAACAAUAAUUUCAUCGAUUCGAUGGAAAUAAAGCCUGAUAGGCAUUAUAAGAGGCGACUAAAAGCGAAACGGUACAAUAUUAUAAUUAUAGUAUUUUAACGGGUCAAUCGACCAAUUUUAAAUAUCUAUAGGUAUAGUUCUACGCCCCUACCCUCGCUCCCGGGCAAUUAUACGAUGUAGAUAAUGUCUGAUUAUUGUUAUCAAUUCAACGAUACCUAACCUACCUACGUAAUAAUAUAUAUUUUUUUUACUUUUCGGUCCGUAGCGCAAUUUAUACGCUGAAUAAUUCAAUGGUUCCGAAUUGUCCGGCCGUUAUUUGCCCGACACGCGUGUGUCAAACACCCGGGAAAACACCCGCGGACACGUAUGUAAGUGAACGGUCCGAAAUUUCUCUUGGACUGACGUUUUUAAACGCGGUAAAAACGAUAUUGCAAUAUAUAAUAUGUAUUCGUGUAUACGUUCGUUUUUCACUAUCCCGCACGAUUACGGUCGCCGUAGACGUUUGCCUGAUAGCAAAAGAAGAAAACCACGUUCACCUUUUUUUUCCAUUUUAACUGGGUAUAAUAUAGCCGGCACCGAGUGCGAAUGUUUAUUAUACAUACAGAGUGAUUCUUCUAUCUAUACGAACGUGCGGCGGCGGGGUUAUCUACGACGAUUUUGGAAUAAAUGUUCGAUUUUGGUUUAUUAUUUUUUCUUUUACCUAUAUACAUCAAUGUUGUAUAGACAUAACAAUGGCGUAGCUAAGGGUACCAAUAGUAUAGAAUUUAAACACCGCGCGUCCGCCACCGCCGCGUAAAUGAUACUCUGCCUCUGACGAAACUCAAAAGGUGGAAUAUCUCGACUGCGAUGGGUUGACGGAUGAUCGAUAAUGGUUGAUGGAAAUUAAAAAUGUCAACACUAAAAAUUCAUUUAAAAUGAUAAUCCGUCUAUCUAUGGAAUCGUAUGUACGUGUAGGUUGCUGUUUAAAAAUCAAAUAUAGACAGUUGUUCCAAUAAAUUAAAACCGAAAACAUUAUAUUUUAGAGCUGCUUGUUACUUACGAUUUCUAAACAAAUCAAAUUACAAAAAAAAAAAUGAAUUGUUUUCGAAUUAAUGGGUGUUUUACGUCAUGUUGAUGUUAUGUACUAUAUGUUAUGUACUUUUGAUAUUGAUAUCUAAAUACACGAUCAUAAAAAGAGAAUUUCUUCUUUAAACAUUUUGAUCAUAAUCAUAUUAGAUAUAAUUUUUCCGGAAAAAAUAGUACCUAUAUAUUUUAAAUCCUAUUAAAAUCAAACUUACUCAAAAUCUUCGUAGAUAUCAUAAUGUUGUAGGUUCGUGGUACAAAUACCACACUAUAUAUUUUUGUAUUAUACACUUUUGCGUCGGGGGAUCGACUGCGUUGUCGAGACGUUAAAACUGCCGUGGCGCAUAAUUUUUAUAUAGGUUGAAAUGUCUUAUCAAGAAAGAAAAAAUGAUAAAAUAUAAAUAUUGUGCUCGCUUCGGUUUCCCGUGAGUGUUAGACUUGAUUAAUAAUGGAUAUUUUUUCAUUUUUAUUAUUUUGGUGAAUCAGUUAAAUUAUAAUAAAACAUACCACAAGAAUUGAAAACUUAAAAGAGAUAAGGAGUAAAACUCAAACAGCAGACGUAAUACUGAAAUUGUAUUAUGCUGCGGCGUUAAAAUUUUUCGACUUGUGUGUACAUUAUUUUAGAUUUUGGUUAUAACGAAGAAACUUUAUUAGUUAUUAGUUUAAAAAAAAAAAAAACUUAAAUAUGCCGUGAUUUGUUUAAGUUUUCCUUUAAAAUAUUGACAAAUUUCCAGCCGGUGGUACUCUAACGAAAUUUUCAGCAGAUCGGAUCCUAGGUUUUUUUCUUUUGAUAUUGUUGAUUUCUGAGUUGCUAACAUACAUAGAAGGCGAAAGAAAAACACGACUAGUACUAUUUCGGUCAGUAUUGAUUUUCGUUUGCAAUUAUCUAUCGUUGCGUACUGUAUACAUAAACUAAAAAACACCUUGUAAAUUCAAUGUACUAUCCAAUUUUACAAAAUACAUCCAAUCUAUUAUCUACAACAGCGGCCUACUGGUGAGCAGUAUCGAUUUGUUUAGAUGUAUUUUUAUUUUAAUAAGGUUAGAUUACCGUCUUUUAUCGCGGUUUAUUUGAUGCAAACUGCAAUGGUGUCCGGUAAUAAAUCCAACCAAAUCCGUAAAUAAGUGUCUUGUUUACACCGAUUGCGCAUCAGUUUAAAAUGGCCAUCUUUUGGGUAUAGAAAAAAAAAAAUAAAACAAAUAUUCGCAAUUACGACCGAUUAUUUGUCAUGCUAUCAUAAUUCAUAUCGACUAUAGGUAUCAUAACGGUAGUAUCAAUAAUUGGCAAAUACAUCAAAUCAAUACGGCGCCCGCGCGCGUUAUUUAUAUUAGAAUUUAACCAAUCGCGCGCGUAAAUCCGUUCUCGUCGCUGCUGUGGCUAAACUAUUUCAAUUUAUUUACUAUUUACGAUGUUCCCGUACCGUAUUGUUAAAAGGGCUCGAACAAACGCGAUUAUUUCGAAAUUGAAUUUGCUCGGAAACGGUACAACUAUGUUGACAUUUUGUAUAUAGAACAUUUGUGUUGCAGCAAGCGUAUACAUAAUUAUUAACUUAUAAACAGAAAACUCUCAUCGGCAUCUUUGCAGCCGUUCACUAUAAAUAUAUACAUACCUAUAUACGUUCAUUUCAAAAGCGUACACUUCCAGACAAACGGUUUUCUUAAAAUCAAGCGACGCGUUUUCUAAAACACUAUCCAUUAAACGGGAAAUUCACGCAAAGUUAAUUUUAAGUCCACGUAUCAUCGUUAUUCAAAUGAUGUAUACGCAAGUAUAUUCUGUUUUUUAUACUACAGCAGUGAUAAAUCGUAUAGAUCGAAAUUACACGCGUAAUGAACAACACGGGUACCCGUGUUUUGCCUUUGACGGGGGUUAAAGCUCGUGUAAUAAAAAUACCCGUGUAUCUAAAUACCCGUGAACUUGAAUAUUCAUAUAUUUAAUCUUGAAGUGAAACUUAAAAUCACGUCAUCGGCUAUUAACACACUCACACGUGUUAGUGACACUGCGGGUGAAUGCAAUCGGAAAACCAUUCUGAGAAACUUUCAAUAUAUGGUGUAGGUCGAACCCCUAUUUCGGAACAUACCACUUUUAUAUCUAUGAAUGUAAUCCUCGAUCUAUUUUGGUCAUUUAACAUUUCUACUUUUAAUAUGUUAUCAAGGUUAUUCUCCUGAUUAUGAGACGUGUUCAAAAAGUUCCUAGAAUGUUUGAAUGAUUGCGCAUGUCUAUUUUAAUUAUAACUGAUACAUUAUCAAUUAAUAUAAUUGCGCUAUAAUUAUGACGGAUCGUCGUAGAGCAGUAGGAUCAGUAUCAAUGGAUUCUGUGCUUCUCAAUGUAUUCUUCUGAGCAUAUCUGUUUUUGUAAAUUCUCUUUAACUAUUUUCGUUUUAAUGUACCUGAUAUUUUGUAUUGGGCGAUUUUCUAAUGGGUUCGAAAAAGGAUAUUUUUGGGGAGAGUGUAGGGUGUUGAUCAAGAAUUUUUUCCCUUUGGGACAAAAAUGCUUUAUUGGUUUUCCCAAAUGAUAAAAUGCUCACUUACACUAGUAGCAUAUCCAUCAACAGUAUCGGCUCUUUAAUUUUAGAUUCUGAGUGGUGCGAAGAUGGUUUUACAAAGAUGUUUUUAUUUUUAUUUUAUCUGUGGAUAAUUUUUCUACCAGAUAUCUUGCUCUGAUUUUUAAGAGUAGCACAUUUCUGAAAUUAAAUCAGACUGGGAAGGUACUAAAGAAGAUCAUAUUUUUAUUUUCCCAAGAGUUUUCCCAGCAAAUAUGAAAAACCUGGAAAAAACAUGAGAAAACCUAGAAAAACGAGAAAAUCGGUACAAUAUUAAACAAAUAUUAUUAAAGAAAAUAUAUAAUGCCUAUUUAAUUAUUUUACCAUGACACGAUAUAUUUACUGUUGACAAAUCAUCACUAUCAAUUGAACUGCGUUCAGAAUCGUUUUUUCGUUAGCAAUGGUUUAUCGUUGCUUAUAGGCAUACAUUACACUCCCGUUUGUAUCCUACCUUUCCAACUUUCCACCUGAAACAAUGGUUGCACUCACGUGCGAAGUAUUUUUCAUUCAAUACUGUGCACCGUAACGGUAUGCGGGACAACUAGUAUAUUAUAAAAUUAAAUUUGAACGCAUAAUAAUCACACGGAAUAACUAAUUAUUGAUGGAUUACAGUUGGUUAUAGUUAGACAACUGAACAAUUAAUGUAAAUUUUAUGCAUAUUUAAUAUUGGAUCAGCUCCGAAAAACGCCCCGGGACUUAACUGUUUUAAACUGUGGACUUUCCUAUAUUAAAAAAGUUAAAAAUACGCCAAGGUUGUUUUUUUUUCCGCGCAGCCGAAUAUUUUUUUUACUAAUUAUCGGAAUUACGAACGCGAGUCACCCACGAAGCUACACGGUUCAGAUAAAUACCUAAACAGACAGUAAAUGUGUACGCGAGACGUAACUCGAUCAUUCAACUGAUGAAAUAUCUAGCUGCACGUAAUUUAAUAUUAGACAAUAAUACGUAGUCCGUAGAACAGUCGAUAACAUACUCGACGCGUUGUAUAACUAUACUGUUAUUAUACAUCUUGUAUACAAGUAUUCGGGGCAAUAGAAGUAAAUGUGCCUCUCGUAUGUUGUAAACUAUUGUCUGUUCUAUGAUCUCGCGUUCGAUAUAACGUUUCGUAAUUUUAGAUUAGGCGUUUUGGGUGUCAGUCAAAACUGCUCUUGUGAGCCACUUGUCGCUCCGAUUAUUUCGCGUUUACAAUUUUUUCGAACCGAUUUCUAUUUUCGCAUGUUGGAUACGUUUUUUUUUUUUUUUUUUUAUUUUUUAUUAUUGACAAUUCCCUAUAAACAAGAAAUAUACGUAAUGGAUAAUAUUGUCGAAUUUACACAAUUAAUCGUAUUGUUAAUAUUGAAACUAUAAUUUGUCAUUGAAAACUAAAUUCAGAUAUGUGACAUAAGUUGUAGUCAUACCGUUGAAUAUUUAAUACAAUUGUAUUCUCGUGUUCGUCCAAAAAAAAAAAAAAAAACAAAAUAAUAAUAUACAAUAUUGAUAUUAACUCGUUCCAGUAUAAAACGAUAAAAAUUAAUAAUAAUUGUUUCUUAAGAUUAUUUCGAUUUGGUUUGUAUUUAUAUAAACAUUUAUAGAUUUUUACAUUUAUUUUUAGGUAUAUUCUUUAAUGGGAUAUAUUUCUACGUUUCACAUGAAUAAGCGGCUGUAAGUUAGACAUUUUUCCCAUGUCAUGUAGGUAUCUAUGCACUUGAUGGUAAAUUUCCCGGGUUGUUUGAGAAGUCAAUUUUCAAAUUUCAGUUUUAAAGAUUUCCAAAAUUAAGCUACUUUUUUAAAAAAUUCCAUAGAAUAACCGCAUUACAUUUUUUUUUAUGUUUGAACGCACCAAAUUUUAAAUUGAGUAGUCGAUUUCUUAAAUAACAGGCAAUUUAUCAAUAAACCGAUUACACACCUACUUUAAAAAUGGGCAUCUGACUUUAUAUUCUUGCGUAUAAACGGUCAUACUCCUUUCCCUUAAAACGGGCGCGAGGCAACAGAUUGGUUUCAAAGCCCUAGAUGAUAAUUAAAAAGUAAAAAAAAUAAUUUUAAAAUUUUACACAGUUGGAGAAAAUUUUGAAAAUCAUCAACGACUAAAACCCCUUUAAGAAAAAAAAAAAAAACAAACGUGAUUUAGAAAACAUUUAAAAUACAUGAUCGUUUUUCCGUGGUAUAACUAUAGGUACAUACUCGAUGUUAUUUAAUAAUAAUAAACGGUCGAAAAAUAUUUAAAACUCGAUGUAAUCGAUUGAAUCCCACGUUUCCGAAUCGAUUAUUGUUAUUGAAUUUUUUGAACUACCGUUUGCCAAUAACGUAUUACAAACAUGUUAAAUCUACACAAUACGUUUUUCGGUCACCACGUUUAACAUUGUUAUCAUUUUUUUUCCGAACGACUCUAACGGACCGAAUAUCGUGUACGUAUUUUAGAAUCACGUCGGAUUUAAUGGACGAAAAAGUGUAUCUCAUAUCGAGCGCAGAAGAAGGAUCCAUUUGCAUCGUGACACUCAUGCUAACGGGCAGAGCAACGCCGAAUCUCCAUAACGGUAUCGUGAACAUUGGCGACGAACAUCAUUAUGUGAGUACCAACCUAGUAUUAUCACGUGAUAAUAUCAUAAUAUUUGGGCAAAGAAUGAUGUUCUUUUGAAAUAUGGUUAAAAAAAUCUAACAACUGUGAAUUGUAUAGGUAUUUAAUAUUGUAUAAGAUUUGAAGCGUGUUGGUUUUACAUUGUAUUGGUGGAUAUGAUAUAUGCUUUUUAUUCGGCACAUUAAUAACAAUUUUUUUACUUAAAAUUCUACUCUAAUAAAAAAAAAAAUGUUAAAACAAUUUUUUUAUAAUUUUGGAAAUCAGUUAGUUUACUUAGGGCGUAAGGAGGUAAUUUUUGAUUUUCUAUUUCCUCGCAGUUUUCACAAUAAUCAGGAAAAACUAUGAAAAAUCUAUCAGAAAAAUUUACAGUAUACGGUCAUAUCAUUUUCCAAGGGGUUUCCAAAAUAAUUGGGGAAUACCCCAAUGAAAAUUGUAACUAAAACAGCAAAUAUUUGCUUGCUACGGGCGUUACCGUUUUCUAAUAAAAAUAUAACAGGAAGUCGUAUUUUUCCUUGUAUUUUAUAGCCACAGACAAAGAAUAUAGUUUUUUAAUACCUAAAUAAGUUUUCAUAAUAAUUGUGAAAGUAGAAAAAAAUACUAAAAAUACGACUUUUUCAAAUUACAGUGCAACGAUUUCAUUAUUUAAAAUUUGUACAGUUUACAUUUUUUAUCAUAAAUCUUGCUUCAAUAGAUAAACGACAAGAUACCUUUUUUGUUGCAUUUUUUAUCUAGUACGUGGGUAAUUUGUUUUUGUUUUUCCUGCAGUUUUUGUAAUAAUUUAGAAAAACCACAAAAUGUCGAAAAUUGAAAACUGACAAAUUUACGGCGUUACGAUUUCAAUAUUUUAAAUUUAUUAAAAACUUUCCUACUAAAAAACAAUAAUGACAUACCCAUCAACAGUAUCAGUUUUUUUAAGAAAAUAAUAUUUCAAAUGUAAAUAUUUUAAAGCAGCUUUACCAUUAUUAUUCUUCUGAAUAUUGAUUGCUUUUAUUGUUCUUAUUUUUAUAUAAUCUUAAAACCAAACAAAGAUGUUGGAUAUUUUUAAUAAGUGGAAUAAGAACUCAUUUGAGUAAAUAGUUAAAUUAUAUAUUGUUUAUCUAAAGCUUCAAAUAUCUACUUACUAAAAUUUUAAAUUUUAUCAUAUUGAAUAAUUAUUUUGUAUUUGUUAAUAUAAAAGCACUUUAGUAGACAUAACGAUUUAAAAACAACAUUUAAAUUCUAAAAAUCUAAAAAUUGCCACAUCACUGUUUAUAUCGCAGGGGUCACUGAAUCUAUUGUUUGACAGACGGCUGACGGACUACCUCUACGCCUACCUUUUUAACUUGAAUAGUUGAAUUUCGGCUAAAAUCAAAAAUUCAAACAAAUUUUUAUUGUAGAAUUUUUAAUUUAAUUUAUAGAAUUUUAUUUUUUAAUACUUAGUAGUUUUCAUAAUAAUGGGAAAUUAUUGAAAAUGUCAUAUCAGGAGAUAAAACUUGCCUCAUAUCGCGGUUAACGUUAACAGUUAUUUAGUUUAGAACUUCCUUAAUAUGAUCAAUUUUUUCUUGUUAUUCGACCUCGCUAUAUACAAUAUUAAUUUUUUUUUAAUCGAUGAAUUGUUCUGGAACAUUUUCGUAUUGUUGGUUUUUUAGGCUAUACCGCAUUACGGGAUAUUGGCCAGGAGUGAAGUAGGUCUACUCGUCCACUACGAAGAGUCAUCCACUCCAGUGCAGGUCACCCAGUUACCGGGUUCUCGAUUAAAAACGCCUUCGUACCCGAUUUGGAUAACCUGCGCCAAGGGACACUACGGUGUGAUAUUUAACACCAACCGUGAACUGCUGAGAAACCAUCUAGCCGAGAGGAGGUUUGUAUUGAUAUUUGAUCAUGGUUUUUGGAGACUUCUCUCUGUAAAUUUGAAAACAAUUCACCCUUCUCCAAUUCAUUUGUCUUCCCAGCACGGAGAUAUUCACACAUCGUGCUACAGGAUGGAAUCUCAAAAAAUCGUCCCCAUACAUAUAUAAUGAUUCGUGACAAAACAGGUAAAAGCGUAAACAAUAAAAUUAAGUGAAAUAGAAAGAAAUGCAGAAAAAUGAAGGAAUGGAAAUUGAGAAAAUGUUGAUAUCAAUGCAUUUUUGGGUGAUAUUAUUAUUAUUUUUUUUUUUUUUGAUAGUAUGAUAUUGUUCUCUUGUUGGGCAAAACAUAGUUUUUACUUAGCUAAAUAUUUUUUGAUUUAGAUACAUUAUAAUAUUAUCGGUUAACGCAUUAUCAGGAGUGCUAUAUCUGGUUAAACGAUGGGAACCCUUGAAGCUAAUUCCAAAAAAAUAGAGAUGGGAAAUGACUAGAUAGAAUAAUAGUUAGGACAGGAAAGAAGUAUUGAAAAGGUGACGAUGAUCCGCAAGGUUGGCAAUAGUCGAAACGAACAUUUUUGUUUUUUGGCCUAUUAUAGUGGUUUGAAAAUUCGAAGAUUUGGGAAACAGGAAUUAUUAUAAAUAAUAUGAACAAUGCGAUGUGAAUAUCACUUUAAUGUGCGUAUAGUUAUCGAUUGUCUUUAUUAGGUGUAUAUAUUUUUUUCUUAAUUGGUUUUUGUCGUUCUUCGGAUUCGUUUUUAGAUUUUGGUCUUUGGACGAAUGUAUUUAAAUGUUUUUUUUUUUUAUUUGCAAAAAAAAACACCAUCAAAAACAAUUUAAAACACAAAUUACCGAGCACGCGUUCUGUUUUAAAAUACGUUUAUAUUGAAUCAAAUUUCUGAAUCAUAUUAAGAAAAUACCACAAAUCACAAUAAGUAAUAUUAGGUAUUCAGUCGAUGAUCAUGACAGUUGUUUAGAUGAGUAGACAAGGAAAUUUUAGGUACACGCAUAAUAUUAAUAAUAUUCCAAUUAAUCAACGUACAUAGGUAAUAAAUCUAUAAAAUUAGCAUACCAAUUGAAAAAGUUGUUCUACUGUCAUAGUAUGCGAAUGAUUUGAAUAUUAUUUAGGGGCCCGGUAUAACUGCGAAAAUUGAUCCCCGUGAUAGUUAAUCUUCACCUUCACGAUUAAAGUGGUCUUUUAUCCUAGAGAACUUGCUCGAUGUAUAAAUGUAGCCCCUGUUCUGAAAGUCAAUUUGAUCUACUUGGUAAAAACAUAGAUAGUUUUUUGAUUUUCGAAAUGGUGUUUAAAAUAAAAACGAUUAACCGGGAAAAAAAAUACAAUUUUUUUUUCACGAUUUCGUUAUUUUAAAUAUAUCCCUAUUACGUUUUUUUAGCAAAAGUAUGGCUCCAAUUGAAAACCAACAAGAGACCUUUUUUGGUAAAUUAUUAAUCUUGUUUUUAAUGAUGCAGUUCGAUUUUUUGAUUUUCGAAUUAGUUUUCAUAAUAGUCGGGAAAAAACGUAGGAAGGUUAGGUUAAAAAAAAAUCGGCACUUCAAAUUAUGUAUUACCGAACUGCGCUCGGAAUCGUCUUUCGUCAUCGAUGGUUUAUCGUUGCUUAUUAUAAUUGCUUAGAUAUAAAUGAAAUAACCUUAUACAUCCGACCUUUCUAAUUUCUCACCUACAAAAAUGGCCGCUUCCAUCGCCAGAAUCAGCUCUGUUUUUAUUUUAAAUUUAGUUUUAAAAACAUAAAUCUGGUGGGUGGGUGUUUGUUUUAAAUGUUUAUUCUACAUAUUUUUUUUACUACAGCGUCACUGACUAUAUUUAUUAUUGUCAAUUUAAUAUUUGUAAACAAUUUAUUUUUUAACUAAUAAACAACAACAAAUUACAGCCCACACAGAACCUCGAUUUUUAUUAGAUUUAAAAUAACGUUAAAAGAAUCUUUAGAUUGAUUUUUAUUAAAAAGUUUGAGAUUAAACUGUUGAAAAACUAACUAUAAUGCUGGUCGUAGAAGGAACAAAAAAAAUUAUCGUCAAAAUUUGGAUUUUAUACGAGUCAUGAAAGUUUUCCUGUAAGUUUUUUCUUUGUUUGAAAUCAUUUAUUUUCUUUAAACACUUUUGUAGUUGAUCAUUCACUUUUUAAUAAAAAUUAUUAGUUAAAUUUGACACGAAAUGUUAUAAAUACUGUAUAAGUACUUUUAAUGGAUAACUGCAAACUACGGGACGUGAAUAAAUCAUUGAAACUCUGAGUUUUAAGUAAAAUAAUAAUAGUAAAACUGUCAUUUGAAUGAUUUAUUUGUUUGAAUAAAUCAGUUUUCUAAUAAUAAACCAUACUCCUUUUACCAUUCAUACUAUUCAAUCGCUUUUGUAUACUUGCAUAAAGUAUAAUGGUUUGAUUGGUUUAAAGGAAAUUUGAUCUGGGAAGUACUUUAAAAAGUAAUUUUUUGAUUUUCUCAGGAGUUUUUCCAAUAAAUGGGAAAAACCAGGAAAAAACUUAAGAAAAAUAGAUACAAUAUUAAACAAAUAUUAUUAAAAAAUAUAUGUAAUUAUUUUACCAUAAUAGAACAUAAAUCUUGUUGACAAAGCAACAUUAUUAACUAAACUCCGCUUAGAAUCGUUUUUUCGUAAUAUAAUAUAGAUAUAAGAUAUAAAUUCAAUUUCUUAUCUACCUUCCUAACUUCUCACCUAUAACAGUGGCCUAUCCACGUGCGAAAUAUGUCAGUCUUUUGUUUUAAUACUUUUUUUUAUAUUGUAGACUGUAGAGUAAUGUCAUGGUGUGACACAUAGGUGACGUUUUGAUCACUAAGCCAUUUUUAACUUAUUAAUAGUUAACUAGAAAUCUUAUAAAUACAUUUCAGAUUUGAAUACAAAGGCCAUUUUUUUUUUCGAGCGAUCUAACAAAAUGCUUUCUAUGUACAUAAUCCGAUUCAUGUAACAGAUAUAUUUCAAAAGUGAAUCCUUUAAGUUUUCAUUUUUUUUUUCCUUCUACCGUCUUUAUCCACUUGUAUAGCAUAUUAUUUUUUUUACCAUUUUUUGUUAAUUGCGUUACCUAGUUUUAAUUGUAUUUUUUUUUUAGAAUGAUUAACAUAUCGUAAGUUACUCAUUAUCUUGGAAAAUAUUAACAUUUUUUGGAAUUUGUUUUAUAGAAAAUUUUUGGAAACCAAGCAUCUUUAAAAUUUCGUAUUAAUUAAAUUUUUUGUCACCCACAUUUUUGAUCAUAAAACCACUCCUUAAACUUAUGAUUUUCAAAUGGCAACCUAUAUUAAAAAUUUUGGAAAUAGAAUUUUGGUAUUGAAAUUUUUGAUUACUAUCAAUUUAUUGAUGACGAGAUAUUUUACUUUUAAGUUAGGGUUAGGUGCAAGUUUUGGAGCAUCAUUUGUGUAGUGGCACGGCACACGGCGUUUGAAUAAUGCACUCACACCGAAUAAAAAUUAAUAUUUUCCGAGAUAAUGAGCGUCUUAUGAUAGGUUGAUCAUCCUAUAUAUUGUACGAACUUAUAGUUUAAAUGUAGGUUAUUUAAAAUAUCAUCUCAAGAAAUUUCGUUUAUAUGAAAUUUACUUAAAUAGGUUUCAGGUUUUCUUCAUUAAUAUUUAAUACAGUUUGUCAACCUAACUAUUUAUGAUUUUAAUAUCAUCUUUAUCUUAUUUUUAUUAACGACUCUGAUGCGUCACUUUGGGUCCAAAAAGAACAAUUACAAAAGUGAAAUUUUUAUCUUAUAUUUUACAUUGUUUGUAUUUUUUUUUCUAUAUUUUAGUGCAUUUUCAAUAGUUAUUAAGGAAUUUACGCCCGGGCCCUUCUUAUUGAUAACGCAAUGGAAAAAACUACUUCAACAUAUUUCUAUAGAUAAUAGUAAUGAUAAUAAAUAUUAGGUGUCACGUUUUUGUUUUUACGGCAGAGAAAAGGGAAUAUCAAAUCUAUACACACUGAUGCUGCGAUAUUAUUCUACAACGAUAUAAUAAUAAAUUGGGUAAAACAAUAAAAAUAUUUGAUUUAUUAAAUAUAAUAUUAUACCUACUCGCAUUUAUUGCAUUUUAAUGUGCACUUCGGGGAGUUGAACUAGUCAUUUUCGUUGUUGUUUAUGCGCGUACGGGAUUAUUUUGUUAUUUUUUAACGGUAUCCAAUGUGUGUCUAUAAUAUCGGAUAAACGUAUCGUUUCAUAAAUUAAUAUUUUCGGGUAAAAACGUUGCACGGUUUUUGAACAAAAAAAAAAAUUAAAUUGUUAUAAUCGUUUAAACCGCGACGCUACACACAAUACAAGUACGUAUAGUUAACACACGAAACCUACAUUUUUCGCAAUCUAUCGUUUUAGACCGCAAUGGACAUAAUAAUAAUAAUAAUUCGUAAUGUUACGGACUGGAUAUUGUAUUUUUAUGAGGAGAAAAAAAGCUCAGAUUUUUUCAUGUCGAGAUGUGAAUUUUAUACAUGAUAGUACUUUACGUUUAAACUAUUAUUCGAAAUUAACAAGAUUUUUUCAUACCUUAAAAGAUGUGAAAUUUCUGCUCGGUGGUUUUUUAUUUUAAAUAUUUGUUGACACUUUUAUCAGUUCACUCUUAAAGUCUUUUUUUAAUUUUUUUUUUUAUAAAAUACGUAUUUAGUUGGUAUUUGUUUUUAGUACAGUAAUUAUUCGUAUUGUAUUUUAAAAAAAUUCGGAUUUUUGAUUGAUGUUACGUUAUUUGAUAAUAAUCUCUAGAUUUUUGACAGCUUUUUUUAAAAUGAAAAAAAAAAAUUUUGUUACAAUUGAUUUUAUUUACGUUGAUUUCUUGGACACAGCGGUGACUAGGGGAAAAAACACCACUAAUAUUACUAAAUGGCUAUAACUUUAAUAGUAUACGGAGCUUUAGUCACAAUCGGUUUUUGAGUAGGUACAUCUAUAAAUGAAUACUCUUUUGUGGCUAUAUAUUUUACUUUUCAAACUCUUUACUAACCACAGUAAAGUUUACUUAUCAAACAUUAUGGUGCCAAGACAUAUGUCCGGUUUUAUUUAAAAAUUUAAUUCGUCCAUAUAUUUAUAAUGUCAAUAUUUACUAUUGUAAAGACUCUAUAGGAAUUUCUUUGUGAUUGAUAAUAUUUUAUUUAUAUAUACUUACGUCUACACUCUGUACACCAAAAAUUAAGAUAUCUACAGAGAUACAGAGAUACUGUCGGGGUGUGUAUACAAUGUGACAAUUUAUCAUCGAAAACAUAUAUACAAAAUUUCGACUUUAUACUGAUACUGAUUUUCCGAUGUAUCUAAGUUUUUAAAAUAUUGUCAAUAACAAUAAUGUAUAAUAUUUUUUGUUGUACAUUUCCACACAGGUUUCCGUUGACUUACUAUUCGUGUAGCGGCAGUGAGAAUUACGCGACAGUGGACACGCGGUCCCAUCACGGCGAAGAGACACGGUCCAAGGUAUCCGCAGACGACGUGAACAACACCUCGUCGCAGCUGCUUCUGAUCGAGUUUCUCAUACAUACAAAGUGAGUGUUAGUCUUUUAUUUGGUUACCGUUUUCAGUCUACCCCCAUGUUUCACGAUGAUUUCAGUACACUCGACAAACCUUUUUCCACCGCCAGGAACCGAUCGAGCGGUGUUCCUAUACUCGACAAAAUGAAAAACUAAAGAUACCUAACUUAAAUAAUGUAAAACGAUGGCAGCAACAAUUUCAUUGUUGAGUAUCUCAUAGUAUUAUGGACACAAAUUAACUUUUUUCGUCGACCCUAAUGAUAUAUAUAUAUAUAUAUAUAUAUAUAGAAUGACGUGACCGUUUUUUGACGGCGGAAUUCAAACUAUGAAAAGUGCGGAUAUAUCGUGUUUUUCUAACUGAUAAUUUAUGUCCCGUAUGUCCUCUUUUGCCUUCACACAAUUCGGGCGAAAUACUAUUAUUCUCAUUCUAUAAAUCUCACUAUUCACCAACGUUCCUUCAUCUACUCUACAUUUGCUCAUAGUUUCGCUUAUAAUUCCAAUACGUCUUGAUUCGCCUAUCGCAAUCGUUUCUCUUUCUACCUGGUAACUUGUCUCUAUAUAUUCGCUACUGCGGUCUGAGGGCUGCGUUAAUUUUAGUAAUACGAUAAACCCAACGGUACUUUUCAUUAUUGUUUUCCGAACCACCUAUCGCAUAUCGUAAAAAAUUACUGAAAAAACAAUGGUACAAAUACAUAUCCAAAGACCGUACACAAUUUUGAAAACUGGGCGACGGUUGGCAAUGGCGUUUUUCACAAUAACCGCACAAAACCCGAAAUUCGAUUUUUGUACGCAUUGUGAUGGAUGUCUAACAGGUGGACUGGACAGUAUCCCCAGUAUAUAAUUUACAUUUAUUAUAUUUUUUUUGUUUAUUUUGUUUGUUGUUUCGUCCGUCAGGUGGGAAGGAGCUUCGGUACAGUGGACGGGCGUCACAAAUGCCGUGAAUUAA